AGAGUUGCCACCCGCCGCAGAGCUGGCUUGUUUUUGACGAGUCAUUUUCUCGUCUCGCAAAGAACCAACAAACUUAAACUGAAACUCACUGCUAGCCGGAAAGAAAGAAACAAUGCCGUACAAUAUGGACGUACUGAUGCCGGAGAAGCAGGACGAGCUCUCUGACUUGAAGCCGAAAGAUGCACACAGUUCCCUUGACGAGCUGGACAUCGACGAUCUGUACGUGCGCUACAAGAAACUGCAAAAGACCCUGGAGUUCAUUGAGGUCCAGGAGGAGUACAUCAAAGAUGAGCAGCGCAACCUGAAGAAGGAGUACCUCCACGCUCAGGAGGAGGUCAAACGCAUCCAGUCCGUGCCGCUGGUGAUCGGCCAGUUCCUGGAGGCCGUCGACCAGAACACAGGCAUCGUGGGCUCCACCACCGGCUCCAACUACUACGUCCGCAUCCUGUCCACGAUCGAUCGCGAGCUGCUGAAGCCCUCCGCCUCGGUGGCCUUGCACAAGCACAGCAACGCCCUGGUGGACGUGCUGCCGCCAGAGGCGGACAGCUCCAUCUCAAUGCUGCAGCCGGACGAGAAGCCAGACGUGAGUUACGCAGAUAUCGGCGGCAUGGACAUGCAAAAGCAGGAGAUCCGCGAGGCGGUCGAGCUGCCACUGACCCACUUCGAGCUGUACAAGCAGAUCGGCAUUGAUCCGCCGCGCGGAGUGCUGAUGUAUGGUCCGCCUGGAUGCGGCAAGACGAUGCUGGCCAAGGCGGUGGCCCACCACACGACGGCCUCGUUCAUCCGCGUGGUCGGAUCGGAGUUCGUGCAGAAGUACCUCGGCGAGGGGCCGCGCAUGGUGCGCGACGUGUUCCGCCUGGCCAAGGAGAACGCGCCGGCCAUCAUCUUCAUCGACGAGAUCGACGCCAUCGCCACCAAGCGAUUCGAUGCCCAGACGGGCGCCGAUCGCGAGGUGCAGCGUAUCCUGCUCGAGCUGCUCAACCAGAUGGACGGCUUCGAUCAGACCACCAACGUCAAGGUGAUCAUGGCCACCAACAGGGCGGACACACUGGAUCCCGCCUUGCUGCGUCCGGGACGUCUGGACCGUAAAAUCGAGUUCCCGCUGCCCGACCGCCGACAGAAGCGACUCGUCUUCUCCACGAUCACCUCGAAGAUGAACCUCAGCGAGGACGUCGACCUCGAGGAGUUCGUGGCGCGGCCGGACAAGAUCUCCGGCGCCGACAUCAACGCCAUCUGCCAGGAAGCGGGCAUGCACGCGGUGCGCGAGAACCGCUACAUCGUCCUCGCCAAGGACUUCGAGAAGGGCUACAAGAACAACAUCAAGAAGGACGAGCAGGAGCACGAGUUCUACAAAUAGGCUUACUACCACAUUUCCCACCCACUGUCCCUUUACGCUAAACUAUCGUUUGUACCCCUAAAGUUAUAUCAUUAAUAAAAACAAAUCGUAUUUGAA